AUGGUCACAAGUACUACUACUACUACUACUACUACUACUACUACUAUUACUAUUUUCAUGAUCUAUUCACGUGAACAUAUGAAUACACAGAUUGAAUUAACUCUUGAAAAACCUACAUUAGCCAAACGUACACAUUAUUAUCGUCUUAAUCGUUUAAUUCAAGUGAUUGAAGAAAAUUGUCAUUUUUGUGAACGUUUACUAAAUCAACUUAAAUGUUUAAAAAAUACAAUAAUUGAAACUGAAAGCAAUAAAAUGACAUUUAUAAUUGAAAAUAUUUUCAAUUAUACAAAUCAUCAUAGUAAUGGAAUACCAAUUAUGUAUAACAUUUUACAGCAUUCAACAAUUGUAACUCCUUUCAUAAUGUCAACCAAAUCAUCCAACAUACUAUCACCAUCAUCGUCGUUGUCGUCGUCACCGUCAUCAUCAUCAUCAUCGUCAUCAUUAUCAUCAUCCUCAUCAGUAUCGACGAAUUCAGUGAUUACAUCAAGUUCCAUAUCAAAAUUAAUUGAUCAUUUGCUUAACAUUGAAUCUCAUCUACCAAUGAAAUAUAAUGAACAAUAUGCGGCAGCACAAAAACGUUUAUCAAUGAGAAUUAAGUUGGAAGUUAGUAAACAUAAUGAGUUCAAUUGGUUCAAUGAUUAAAAUUAAUAUUUGAUAUAAUCAGUACAAUGAUGAUGAUGAUGACGGUAUUCUGUGGAAUUUAAUAUGUACAUGUGUACGUACAUUUUAAUGUUUGAAAUGAUAUUAUCACUGAGAAGAAUGUUGUAUAAAUCCAACUGACUGUUUAACUUUAUAUCUUAGGGCUAAUGAGAAUUCAUAGAAAGGAUGUGUAACUUUGUAUCGGGAAUUUUAGAUACUGUAAGAGAAUUCUUGCAUCUAUUUGUUUAUAUUUGGGGAAAUCUUACAUUCAUG